UUUAGCUGUGCUUUACCGCCGGAGGUGGAGAAGAGCCUGCUGCACGGAGGAACAGGCGGGCUGCUUUAAAACCAGUCGCUCUUAUUUAUUUUAAUAGGCGGAUGUGUAACUUAGUUACUUGAAAAAGGAAAUAUUAGUAUAUUAACCGCAGUAAUAGGCCAUAUAGGGAGAAGUACGGGUGUAUCGUUAACGGGUUUGGAGCGAUAUUAAGCUGUAGAGUCGGUUAAACCGACUAACCUAACAUAACGUUAGCUAGCUAAUACGGUUUGAAUGGACUGAAUGGGUUAAGCUAGCUAACAUACGGUAACUACGCUAGCCAGAUUUAACCGAACGUUUUUCACCGUAUAAUUAUGUAAUUUACUUGUGUUUUUUCCGAUAUUAGGUCAAUAAAUCCUGCGUUAUACUUGAAGCAAGGGACUAUGUGUGUCAAAUGACGCUGUAGUUAGCUGGAUAAGGAGAGUUAAAGGCGUGACUGACUGGGCGUACGACCGUGUUUUGGCGACCACAGCAGCCGGAGGACGAUGGCACCCAGGCGGCUAACGCUGCUGCUCAUCAUCGGGUUUGUGUGGGAGUUCCAGCUAGUUGUGUGCCGUGAGGUUACACUUCCCCCUGGUCCAGUGUACCGGGUAGCAGGGUUCCCCAUGUCCCUGCCCUGCACUGUUUCAGGGUAUGAGGGUCCACGAACGCAGGACUUCGAGUGGUUCCUGUACCGAGAGGAUGCAGGCGAGAUGCAGAUCGGGGUGGUGUCGACCAGAGACCAGGGGUUUCCUUACGCCCCGUUCCAGGGGCGAGUGCGCUCGGGCGAGGUCCGGGUGGAGAGGGACUCUGAUGAUAAAGCCAGGCUGGUUAUUCAGAGGCUCCGCCCAGACGAUCAGGGACGAUUUGAGUGUUACACACCGAGCACUGAUGUGCGAUAUCAGGGCAGCUAUAGCGCCUCAGUGAAUGUCAAAGUGAUGCCAGACACCUUGUCAAUAACGCACUCUCGCAUACUGAGCGGUCAGCCCGUCACAGAGGGCACAGAGCUUCAGCUGACGUGUGCAGCAUCUGUCCAGUCACCCCAACACACUCACCUAUCUGUUACGUUUGGAGUGCGAGGCAGCACUGAUUCUGGAUCUCUGGGCCACAACCUCAGAGAGAUCAUCUCCAUCGACCGCGAGCUGCGUGUGAUCCCAGGCCGAGGCGCCUAUGAAAAGAGGUAUAAAGAUGGGGAGAUCAACCUGGAGAAGAAGAGUGGAGAUGGAGGGAGGGAUCUGUACGUGCUAACGAUGAGCGUGUUAGCCCCGGAGGAUUCCGGUGCGUAUUUUUGCGAGGCAGUGCAGUGGAUCCUGGACCCAUCUGACCAGUGGGAGCGUAUUGCACAGAGGACCAUGGAGCUGGGAAACCUCGCUGUUCAGCCACUAGCGGAUACUCUGUCAGUGAGCGUGGCACCGGCUGGAGAAUUGUCUCUGCAGCUCGGCUCUCCUCUCAGGCUCAUGUGCCAGGUUUCCGGUGCCGGUUGGUGGAACCGCUCAGCCCUGCUGGUCCAGUGGAUGCGGCGUGGUCCGUCUGGGGGAGUGGAGGUGGAGGUGGCUAAGAUGGGGCCUGAUGGGGUGGUGAGCUGGGGGGAUGACACCAGCAAAGGAGGAGGAGGCAGUAUGGAGAAGGAGGGCAAUGGGAAGUUCUCUCUGCGUCGCUUCUCUGCCCACCCUGCUGAUGCCGGGGUCUACCGCUGCGCCGUGAGUGUGUACGCAGGGAGGAUAAGUCCAGGACCAGCCAGCCCCGCCACCCUCACGCAGUGGUCUGAGGGAGUGACUGUCAGCCUCAGAACUAAAGAGGUCAAUGUAUCGGCAGUAGUCGAGCUGCCACGCCGUCCACUCCUGAAGCGCGGAAGCACUGCUACCUUGCUGUGCAACGUCUCUGUGGUGACCACCGGUUCGGCCCAGGUAGAAGUGCAGUGGCUGCACAAAAGGGAGGAGCCUGAAAAUAAGGAGGUCACGCCCCCAGCUGACACUAAAGGCGUGGUUUUUGCGACUCUGACCUACGAUGGAAUGUCUCGGAUCUACAGUAAUGGAAGUGAUAUGAGCGUGGACCGCAUCUCUGCUGGCACCUACAGGCUGCGGAUCUUCUCAGCACGUGAGGAAGACCAGGGGUAUUACCAGUGCACGGCAGAGGUGUGGGCACAGGAUCCCCACGGAGGCUGGUACAAAACCACCAAAAAGGCGGAGUCAGCCAUGGUGCGUGUGUACUUGUACGCACGAGUUGCUGACCUCCUGCUUAUACCAUUGGUGGUUGGAGUAUCCUCUGCCCUGUUCGUUGGAGUGGUCAUCAUCGCCACGGUAACGUGCUGCUUCAUGAAACGACUAGCCAGGCAACAGCCCCAUAUUAGGAAGUAGAGAAGUGGAGAAGUCGACUGCAGAAGCUCCUGAGAAGCCGAUUAUGGUUAGUCUGUACUGAACUUCACUGGAGGAGUGAGGUAAAGUGUGGUUUCUGGUGGAAAGACUCGACUGUAAGAGUUAAACUGUAUACAGAGAAGAGAAAAAAAGAGAGAAGUUUUCAGCUUCUCCACUUCCACAACCAUCAGCUCCGUCAUGCCCACAUUAUUUCACUCACACUUAACAGUUGGUUUGAACAUUAACUCACACAAAGUGUGCACAUGCAAUGUCUCUGAGGAAGGAGAAGAUGACCUAACGGGUAAAUAAGUAGUCUUAGUGCCCCUCGUGCACUUCUUCUAAGGGUAGAACCACAAUGCACAUGACUUCUUUCACUCUCUUGUUUGGAAGCCACAGAUGGCCUAACCAUGUUUGGUUAUGAACAUCAAGCUGUUGCCGAAUGAACAUGGGGCCAAAUUUUAAGUCAGCACUUUGCAUAUUGCAUAUGAUGUUUUUUUUGCUUUCUUUUGUUUUCUGUGAGCCACUUAAAAUAUGUGUUUUUGUGUUUGUUUUUCAUGUGUUCUGAUAUCUUGAAAUCCUUGUUUUUUGGUAUGAGAAACUUUUUUUAUAUAGAGUUUGUGAAACCUAUAUAUAAAUAGCAUGGCGCACAUCUUUUACCAUAGUUUUUAUGGUAUUUAUGAAACCACCCAAACUACUACUUGUUGCACUGAAUUCUGUGAAGUUAAAAACAAGUAAUUCCAGGUACUUAUUCACUUUCAGCCCACACACACAGCUCACACACUGUAUGCAGUAAUCAAGCAACCCCUUGAUGGUAGAACCUCAUUUCCAGUGGGUGGAAUAGACUAAAUACUGUAUGUGUGGUAGCCCUGUUCUUUAGAGACACAAACAAUAUACAGAUCUAAGCUCCUGUAGUAGUACAGUUAGGAGGUACAUGUGUAUAUAUAGGAUAAAAGCUAGCAGUGUCCAAUAAUAUAAUAAUAAUAAUAAUAAUAACAGUAAAACAAGCUGAAAAAAAAACACCAGAAUGAAAGUUUAAAUGAAACCACUUUAUUAUAAGGGACGCAGAAAGUUCUGGUGCUGAAAAGUUGAAAGUCUGCUCCCCUCACGCUGCGAUGAAGGACUGUCGGUAUGUAAACAUCACUUAAGCUGUCGGCAGACACAGCUUGAAAUGCAGGGACUCUACUUGAAAUGCUGUUGUUGCUCCGUCCACGACAGCUGAGCCAAAUCAGGCCAACGUUAAAUAGAUGCCAAGCUUUUCAACCAAGCCUGCAGGACCAAAGUGGGACGAGGGCCAAAGCGUUCCUUCUUUAUUCUUUAAAACGUUUAGUUUUUUUAAUCUUUAAGAAAGAUCUUUUUGUUAAAACCCAUGUUGAAAACUGUUUUAAUGGUAUAUAAUGUUUAUAUACUGUGUGUAUGUGUGUUUUAUUGGUUUUAAUGGCCUGCCCAUGUUUUACUGCUGUUGAUUUGUGAAUGUGCAAUGCAUCUCUCUAUCUCUCAUCAUUUAUUUUAUUUUUAUUUUUUUAAAGAAGGAAAUGUGUUUUUCUUUGUUGUAGCCUGUGUGAAUAAGGCAGAUCACUGUGCACUCCACUGUGUUUCCUCUGGAUUUAUCUUUUCUCCUGGACUUGGCAGGUG